AUGUCUAAUAACACUGCAAAAGCUUUACAGCUGCUAUUCCAACGUCCUUUAGAACCAGUUUUCACCUCACGUGACAACGGAAAAGCUGCCAUUGAUGUGCCAGAUAGCUAUUAUACUGAACGCUACAGCGGCACUAAAGUUGAACUGCAGAGUAGGUUUGGUGAUAACGUGGAUGUGAAGAUACCCUUACGUGAUAUCCCCAAAAAACCGGAUUUAAGUUUUGCCAAACAAAUUGGAAAAAGGAAACAAUUCUCUUUAUUUCAAGACCAGCAUAAGAAAAUUGCAAGCCAGUUAAUUAAGAUUUUUCUUGAUGCUUCGAACGUUGAAAACUUUGCCUCAUUAUGUGCUUAUACAAAAGAUCGUGUAAAUCCUUUACUGUUUCAAUACUGUUACUCGGUUGCUGUACAACAUCGUCGGGAUACGCGCAAUAUUCAAAUUCCCCCAGUAGCUGAGAUAUUUCCCGCUAACUUUGUAGAACCAUCCGUGUUUCAGGAUGCCCGUGAAGAAGCUUCCCUCAUAACCGAUCCAAAUAGUCGUGCUCGGAUUGAGAUACCUCGCAAUUAUACUGCAUCGGACCGCGAAGAGGAGCAACGUUUGGCUUAUUUCCGUGAAGACAUUGGUGUUAAUAUGCACCACUGGCAUUGGCAUUUAGUUUAUCCAACUGAAGGUCCUCUCGAAGUAGUAAAAAAAGAUCGCCGCGGCGAACUUUUUUAUUAUAUGCAUCAUCAGAUUAUUGCACGUUACAAUGUGGAGAGGUUUUGCAAUAACCUAACACGCACUAAGGAACUGAGUAAUUUGCGUGAACCUCUAUUUGAAGGAUAUUUUCCCAAACUUCUAAGCAGUGUAAACAGUCGUACAUAUCCGGCUCGUAUGUCAAAUUCAAUUCUAUAUGAUGUAAAUCGUGAAAGUAAUGCCAUUGAGAUUGCAGACUGUGAACGUUGGCGCGAUCGUAUUUUGGCAGCUAUCGACAAAGGAUAUCUCGAAGAUACAACUGGCAAACGUAUUCCAUUAGAUGAAGUACGUGGUAUUGAUUUGUUGGGUGACAUAAUGGAAGCAUCAUCAUUAUCUGUUAAUCGUCAAUACUAUGGCAAUCUACACAAUAUGGUCCACAAUCUUAUUUCAUUUUGCCAUGAUCCCGAUUCACGUCACUUGGAAGAAUAUGGCGUAAUGGGUGAUGUCACCACUGCAAUGCGUGAUCCGAUAUUUUACAGAUGGCAUGGAUUUUUGGAUACUAUUUUUAACAAAUUCAAGACAUUAUUGCCUCCAUAUAAUCAAAGUCAUUUGGCCUAUCAAGGCAUUACAAUUAACAACGUAGAAGUAAAAAUCAACUCACGCACUGCACGUCCGAAUGUUUUGUUAACUUAUUGGCAAAAGUCCGAAGUAGAUCUAGCCGCAGGUCUUGAUUUUGGACCAAAUGGCAGUGUUUAUGCUUCGUUUGAGCAUUUAAAACAUGCUCCUUUCGACUACACUUUCAAAGUUUCAAACAACAGUGGUUCUCUUAAAAAAGGAACAUGUCGUAUAUUUAUAUGCCCAAAAACCGAUGAACGUGGUACUGCAUUAACCCUCGAAGAACAGCGACUACUUGCCAUUGAAUUAGACAAGUUUACUGUCAAUCUACAACCCGGCAAUAAUACCAUUCGACGUCGUUCGGAUGAAUCUUCAGUAACCAUACCAUUUGAUCGUUCAUUCCGUCGCAUUGGUGCGGAAUAUCAACCCAAAGCUGAAGAUGCACUGGCAACAUUCCGCUUUUGUGGAUGUGGUUGGCCUGAACACUUGCUCAUACCCAAAGGUAAAGCCGAAGGUAUGCCAUUCGAUCUAUUUGUUAUGAUAUCUAAUUAUGCUGAUGAUUCCGUGGUGCAGUCAAACAACAGUCAAGACGUUUGUGGUGAUGCCUAUUCGUUCUGUGGCUUAAAAGACAAAUUGUAUCCCGAUAGACGUACAAUGGGUUUUCCGUUUGAUAGACGCCUGCCUGGCAAUACACUCAACGCACUAACAGCCUCAUUUUCAAAUAUGGUGAAGACGGAUGUUGUAAUUAUAUUUAAUGAUCGUGUAAUCGAAAAUAACUAAAUAUUGAUAAAAAUGGAUCAAUAUAAUAGUGCACCACUUUUUAUAUGUAUAACCAACCUUCUUUUAUUCAAAUAAAAUAUUGACAACCAAA